CCUCACGGCGGGGCCGGGCGGCAAUGGAGCACAUCAGCACCCCCAAGGUGGAAAACGUGAAGCUGCUGGAUCGCUACGCCAGCAGGAAGGCAGCGAGCGGGACCCUGUACCUGACAGCCACACACCUCAUCUACGUGGAUACCUCUGCUGAAGUCAGGAAGGAAACAUGGAUCCUGCACCACCACAUCUCCAGCGUGGAGAAGCUGCCCCUGACCACGGCUGGGUACCCCCUGCUCAUCCACUGCAAGAACUUCCACGUGGCUCACUUUGUCAUUGGGCAGGAGAGGGACUGCCACGACGUGUUCACCUCCCUGCUCAAGCUCUCCCAGCCAGUGAAACCUGAAGAACUUUAUGCUUUCUCUUACAACCCCAAAAUGUCCAAAGAGAGCCGGGAGAUGGGCUGGAAGCUGAUAGAUCUGAAACUGGAUUAUCAGCGCAUGGGGAUCCCCAACAACUGCUGGGAGAUCACAGAUAUUAACAAGGACUAUGAGGUUUGCAGCACAUACCCUCCUGAGAUCGUGGUGCCUCGAGCUGCCACCAAGGCCGUGGUGAUGGGAAGUUCAAGGUUCAGGAGCCGAGGGCGGAUUCCGGUGCUUUCUUACUUGUGCAAGGAAAACAAUGCUGCCCUGUGCCGCUGCAGCCAGCCCCUGGCCGGGUUCAGCGCGCGCUGCCUGGAGGACGAGCAGAUGCUCCAGGCCAUCCGAGAGGCCAACCCCGGCUGCCCCUUCAUGUAUGUUGUAGACACGAGGCCAAAGUUGAAUGCCAUGGCCAACAGAGCUGCUGGGAAGGGCUAUGAGAAUGAAGAUAAUUAUGAAAACAUUCGUUUUAAAUUCAUUGGCAUAGAGAACAUCCAUGUGAUGAGGAGCAGCCUGCAGAAACUGCUGGAAGUGUGUGAGAUGAAGUCUCCCUCCAUGAGCGAUUUCCUGACGGGGCUGGAGAACUCGGGCUGGUUACGGCACAUCAAGGCUGUCAUGGAUGCAGGUGUCUUCCUGGCCAAGGCUGUGAGGGAGGAGAGGGCCAGCGUGCUGGUGCACUGCUCCGACGGCUGGGACCGCACGGCCCAGGUCUGCUCCCUGGCCAGCCUCCUGCUGGACCCCUUCUACAGGACCUUCAAAGGCUUCAUGGUGCUGAUAGAAAAGGAGUGGAUUGCAAUGGGCCACAAGUUCUCACACAGGUGUGGCCACCUGGAUGGGGACCCCAAGGAGGUGUCCCCUGUGUUCACACAGUUUGUGGAGUGUGUGUGGCAGCUGAUGCAGCAGUUCCCCUGCUCCUUCGAGUUCAGCGAGCGCUUCCUGCUGGAGAUCCAUGACCACGUCUACUCCUGCCAGUUUGGCAACUUCCUGGGCACCUGCCACAGGGACAGGGAGGAGCUCAGGAUCUUUGAGAAGACCCAUUCCCUGUGGCCUUUCCUCUUGCAGAGGAAGCAGGAGUUGAGAAAUCCUUUGUACAGAGGAUUUACAGCUUACAAAGAGCUUCAACCAAACACUCUACCUUUCAGUUUCCAGUUCUGGUGUGGCAUGUACAACCGCUUUGACAAGGGCAUGCAGCCCAAGCAGAGCGUGCUGGAGCAGCUGCUGAGCUGCCUGAGGCACAGCGUCAGCCUGGAGGAGAGCGCGGCCCAGCUGGAGAACAAACUCCCUAUCCUGGACGGCCCCUUGCCCAGCAAAGGCUGCACCUCACCCAAGGCAGGAGCUGCUGCUGCCAAAGCCCCAACUCCUCCUCAGGACUGUGCAGAGGGAGCAGCCCCUGUGCUGAGCAAUGGCCCCUCCCUGGGGCAGCAGAAGCACAAGGAGAGCCCAGCCCAGCCCCAGGAUCCCGGAGCCUGCAGGGAGGAUGGGCAGGCUCAGCACCAGGGAUGAGCUCUGGGAGCUGCUGGGAGAAGCUCUGGGGAGCUGCUGCAGCCCCAUUUGCAGCUGAGUGUGAGUAGGGUGUGCAGGGCUGGGGAGCAGCUGCUGGGGGACACCUCCUGCAGCUCAGGUGAUGCAGAGCUGCCAGGAGCCUGCCUGGCAUCCCUGGGAACUUGGCUUUUCUGAGGGUUAGGGCUGCCUGCCAGCUCUGCUGUUUGAGGCUGGAAGAAAUCUUGCCAACUCCAUGAGGAGCUGGGCAGUAACUGCAGGAGGAAGGAUGCAAAUCCCUCUGCUCUCAGUGGUGGUCCAAGGUCAUCUUAAAACAAGAAAAAAUUUCAAUCUGUCUUCAAAUGAUAAAAAACCCCCCAACCUUUCUUAGCUGUGAAUGAAUCUCUGCAUGGACCCUUGCCUUGUAGCAGAACUGAUUCAUGUUUUGUUUCCUAUGCAUAUUUGUUACACAAAACCAAACCCCCUGUGCCUUCUCUGAGACUGUGUCCAUGUCCAGCCAGGCCACUGCAGGUUUGGUGCUGGAGUUUGCAGUGUGCUCUUGGUCCUGUCUGUAGUCAGUGUUUGUGAGAGGUUUUCUGCUGCUGCAGCUUCUCCAGGGUUUUUGCUGUUCCUCUGAGUUCAGCAGCUUUUAUGGAGCUCCUUUAUUGAUGGGAGUGCAGAGCCAGCCCAUAACACAUGGAUUUGUGAUAAGAGGGAGGAUUGGAAAUGAGGAAAGGCAGCAGAACAUUUAUGUGGAAUUUUUCUCUCUUAUUUUAUGAUCUUGGUUAAACUGAAGCAAGAGAGUAACUCUGUUCCAAGGUGAAAUCAUUGAUGAGACAGCAGUUACAGAUGGGGCUGUGUUCUGGUAUUGAAAUGGGGCCUGAAAUGAUAAAAUCACUUGCUGAAGGAUUCUAGGGAAUGUUCAGAUUGCAGGAACUUUAGGGAUGUUUUGUCUGUCUCAUGAACAGUAUCUCUCAUGGCAGUGAACUUGGGAAGAAACAGAAGAAGCAAGGACUUCUCUCCCAGGGAUUGGGGGUCACAAAUGAGUGCUUGAAGGUCACCCAAAGAAUCCUUGGGAGAGGCAGGAGCAAAAGCAGGUUUGAUAUAAAAAAGUGUGACCAAAUCCAUUAGCAAGGUUCGCUCUGUAACUUAUUAAAUGGUUAAAGCACACAGAGAAAAACUAAAAUAGAAAAUCAGGCAAUCUAAAACUACAAUCAGCCAGCUUGGAGGCUGGGAUGGAAAAGGGUCAGGAUGAAAUGGAAUGGAAUGGAAUGAGGGAGAUUCUCCUGUUGAGUCACAGGGUUCAGAGUGGAGCAUCCUCCCAGACUGAGCCCUAGAGUUGUCAGCAGUUCAGGCCUAAAGGUUUCCUGGAAUCAGAGAAUCAGUAGCAGCACUUGAACUCAA